UUUGCAUGUUGCUGCUGCAGUGAGUGAGUGAGAUUGAGACCAGUCGUCCAUCUUCAGGUUUCAUAGGAGUGCUCGCGUUUCCGCUCUACCACGCUGCCUCGCGCUCGCUCUGCCGCUUCAAGCCAUGAACACGUUGGAAAGCGGAUUGUCAGAUGUGGCCGCUGACACUCUGAUGCCUGACGUGCAGCAGGCGAUCGCCACGCUGUACCCUGGCCCGGAUGUGCCGUUCAAUCCGGCUGCAGUCGACGCGGCGCAGGCCUUUCUGACCCGGGUUCAGCUCAUGCAGGAAGCAUGGCUUCUUCCACCACGGCUGCUCGAUCCAGCCCAGUCGCCAGAAACACAGUUCGUCGGUGCUAUCAUUCUACGCGAAAAGAUUGCAUCGCAAUUCUCUUCCUUGCCCCGGGCGGACUUGCCUGCCAUCCACCAAGUGUGCUUGACAUCUCUGCUUGCUGCAGCAGCACAAUCGUCGCGCCGUCUCGUCCUCAAGCUGUCAUCGGCAUUGGCGAGCUUGGUUGUACAAGCGGCAGCGGCAGACCUGCUCGGAGGCCCGCUGGAAGACCCCAUCCUGUCCACAAUCGCCAUGAUCGAGUCGGCUCGACUGCAGAAUGCCGCAGAGACGUCGCAGAGCCAUCUGUGCGCCAUUGCCAACUUCCUCCUCAUGAUUGCCGAAGAAUACCACAAGGCCAUCUUGCAGAGCAGUGCUCGCCAGCGAGCGCGCGCAGUAUUGCUGCAAAAUGUUACGGCGGUCUUGUCGACAGCGAUUGCGCUCUACGAUCCGACACUUCAUCAGCAGCUCGUCUAUUCUGGUCAAUUGCCAGCCUCCGUUAGCACUCAGCACUUCAAUCCUGCCACCCUUUCCGCCCAGCUGGGGCCGAGCUCGGACAAUCUCCGCGCAGACGCGGCCGCAGCCAUGGCGGCCUGGAUUGAGUACCUGCCGCUCGUGUAUUCCCAGCGCGACCCUUCUUCAAGUACCGUGUUGGUCAUCUUUGACAUUCUCCUCCAAGCGUUAGUCGAUCCAGUGCUGCUGCAGGCGGUCAUGGACCACGACGAUGCUGCGUCCACGUUGGCCAACAGCGCCACCGAUGUCAUCUCUGCCGUUCUCGCCAGCAGCCCGAGCGACGUUGGGCAGCAGCUGCUGCCUCGCGUGGCGUCGCUGGCGCCCACGUUUGCAAGUGCCUUGGCUCAGCCCAGCGAAGCCGACACUGUCAUCUUCCUGCUCACCAACAUCCUGGCCAGCCUGUUUCACGCGCACGCCGGUGCCUUUGUUCGGAUUAGCACCGAGGAAGAGCUCUCCGUUUGCCUCGCGCUUGUGCACAUGCUAGUCGGGUGCGUUGCGAUCGAGGGCUGCUUUGGCCGCGACGAAACGGUCAGCGGUGCAGCCCUCGAGCCGCUCCAUGACUUUCUCUAUGAGCUUGGUGACCACUCUGACGCCAGUGUGCAGACCGCCAUUUCAAUGUUUGCGCCCGUCUUUUCGAGCCUCGUCCAUGCGGCUUUGGCCAAGGCAACCAUCCCGCUUGACUUUGACUCGUGGCAGGCACAGGAACGGAUGGCGUGGCGAGAGCACCGCGUUCAACUCGGCGAGCUGAUUGCUCGACUGAUGGACGUGUGGCGCAUGCCCUGUCUGGCGCAAAUCAACUCAGCCCUCGUAAAUGCCGUGAACGCUUCGUUGGACCCAACCCCGACAGACUCGCGAUGGGUUUCCGUGGAGGCUGCGCUGUUUGCACUCAAGGCACUGGCAGAGUCCGUCUCUUCGCCCGAAAUCGAAGCCGCAGUACUCGAGUUACUUCGUCAAAUCGCCUCCCUUCCUCCACUUCACUUUCGUGUCACGUUCAACACGCUUUCUUGCUUUGGCGCAUUCGCCGCAUGCGUUCGGAAGGACGGCGAGCUGCUGGGUAAAGUGUUGACCACCACCGUCAAUAGCCUCGCUGACAGCCGUCUCGUGCAAGCGGCUUCCACGACGCUGCUUCGGCUGUGCAACGAAGCUGGCGGAUCGCUCGUGCCGUGGCUGGACCAGCUUUUGGACGCCUGCCUGACGCUCAACCAGACGCUCGAGGCCGGCGACGCUGCGCGUGCUCAGCUCCAUCUCCAACAACGCAAGCAGAGGGCCGCGCUGCAGCAACACCGAGCCUCUGUGGCGGGCUCGCGAUCAACUCAGUCGACUGCGAUUGCCAAACUCCGCCACGUCCAGCAGCAGCACAUGGAUUGGAUUGAGGUGGUGACUGCGUUGUGUCACGUCAUCAGCUGGGCACCGCCCGACCAACUGUUAGGCUUGACCGAGCGCCUUGCUGGACCAUGUACAGCGCGCCUGCAGCAGCUGGCUUCACAACUCGGCGACGAGUCGUAUCUAAAUGCCGUUCUGGUGGAUGCUGACAUGCGAGAAGCGCUGCUGGACACGAUUUCGCGUGAGUUCCGCUGUUUGGCACGCAUGUGCCUCCACAUUGAUCCCGCUGCAGCGCGUCAGUCCGAAGAGGACGACGAGAUGGACGGGUUUGUCAAUGUCGAUGGAGACGACGAUUCCGCGCGACUGCGCCUCCAAAAUGCCUAUCGACAAAGCCAGCUGCAAGAGCAGCAGCAAGCGGAUGAGCAGCAGCGGCAACUGAGACAACAGCAGUUCAUGCAACAGUCGCUCCAGGCAAGUCAGCAAGGGGCGCAACCUGUGGCCAGCCUGGUGGCCAUGACCUGGCCAGCAGUCAGCGCCAUUCUCACCCAGCUGUCGCGACUCGCCGCUGCGUUCAAGGACUCUGCACUCGAUCAAGAAGCGGUCGAUCAAGUGGUUUUGGCCGGCUGUCUCGCACUGAAAAAUGCGCUGCGAACGGUUCGAGGAGGUUUGCUCGAGUUUGUGCCCGUCCUGGUGGAGACAAUCGAGCAGUACCAUGCAAUGGCGCCCAGCGCUGGGUUUUUGGAUUUGGCAUGUCCAUUGCUUGCUCAGUUUGGCGUCGUCGAAAACUGCCUCCCCAGCAUGGCGUUGCUCGUGUCGCGUCUUGGGCAAACAAACUUGAGUCUAUUCGCAACUGCUGGGCUCGAUGGACAUCCGACGGUCUUGGCUGGUCACUUUUCGCUUUGUGCCAGCAUUCUAGGGCUCCCGCAGUUGUCUGCCGGCGCCGAGUGCUGGCAAGUUCUGUCUGCCACAUUCCAACUCGCGUGCCAAGCCUUGCCCGUGGUUCAGCUCGGCAAUAUUGAUCCGAUUGCCAAUUUCCUUGAAAAGACAGCACGGGCCUCCGAUCGCUCCCCGGCCGUCUCGCAGCUGCUGCAGGAGGAAGGUCUCAAUCUCACACAUCAGCUAUUUUUGUCUAUUGGCGGCGCACAGCCACGGGGCGCCUGGCCUCUGCUUGGCAAAGUCUUGUUUGUGCUUGCAAAGCGCUUGGGCCAAUCGUUUGUUCAGUGGGCUGCGCAGGUUCUCGGCAUCGAAGGCUUCCCGUCUCCGCAUGUCUCUGAGCAGCAGAAACGAGAUUUUCUGCAGCAAAUCGUGCGCACGAGUGCUCAAUCAACGCCAAAGCAAUUCAAUUCCAAUGUGGUCGACUUUGGCUUUUUAUGCUGCGGUUUUACUGCUGGCGCGUCGAGGACGGCGGUCUUGUAGCAAGCGCACCAAAGUCGAAAAAAACAAAACAAACCAAAGAAACCAAAAAAGAAGGGAAUGGGGUUUAUGAUAAAUGUACAAAUAGAUUAACGAGUAACCAA